UACCCCCAGCCUCCCAGCCUUUGCCAGACCCUCUUUCCCAGCCGCUCAGCUCCCAAUCUCUCUUCAGCUCCCCGUUCCUUGCCGCUCCCCGCCGACUCUCCCUGAAGCCCCAGCAGGGCACCCACACCACGAAUCCAGGACAAGGAUGAGGAGACUGAAGGGCCUGGCAGAACCCCACGCAGCUCCUCGGUGGCUCAGAGCGCGCGCAGGCCCUCCCCGCUCCCAGCCAGAGGCAGCAUGGUCUAUGAGGCACCAUGGGGCCUGACAGAGUGACAGCCAGAGAACUGUGCGAGAACGACGACCUUGCCACCAGCCUGGUCCUGGACCCCUACCUGGGCUUCCGCACCCAUAAGAUGAACGUCAGCCCUGUGCCCCCCCUGCGGCGACAGCACCACCUGCGCUCAGCGCUGGAGGCUUUCCUGAGGCAGCGGGACCUGGAGGCUGCGUACCGGGCCCUGACGCUGGGAGGCUGGAUGACCCACUACUUCCAGAGCCGGGGCCCGCGGCAGGAGGCUGCCCUCAAGACCCACAUCUACCGCUACCUCCGAGCCUUCCUGCCUGAAAGUGGCUUUACCAUCCUGCCCUGUACCCGCUAUUCCAUGGAGAGGAAUGGAGCCAAGAUUGUGUCUACCCGAGCUUGGAAGAAGAACGAGAAGCUGGAGCUGCUGGUGGGCUGCAUCGCCGAGCUGCGGGAGGCCGACGAGGGACUGCUGCGGGCCGGUGAGAACGACUUCAGCAUCAUGUACUCCACCCGCAAGCGCAGCGCGCAGCUGUGGCUGGGCCCCGCAGCCUUCAUCAACCACGACUGCAAACCGAACUGCAAGUUUGUGCCCGCAGAUGGGAACUCAGCCUGCGUGAAGGUGCUCCGGGACAUUGAGCCAGGGGACGAGGUGACCUGCUUCUAUGGCGAAGGCUUCUUUGGUGAAAAGAAUGAGCACUGUGAAUGCUAUACCUGCGAGAGGAAAGGGGAGGGGGCUUUCCGCCUGCAGCCCCGGGAGCUCCUGCCACCUCGGCCCCUGGACAAGUACCAGCUCCGGGAGACCAAGCGUAGGCUGCUGCAGAGGUUGGGCGGUGGCCGACUGACCCCAAGGUCCUGUGCCCACCGGUUUCCUCUGCGCCAGGACCCAUUCUGCGCGGCCUGCCAGCCCCUGCGACCCCCGUCCUGCAGCACCAGCCCCGAUGCCUCUCCCCUCUGGCUCCAGUGGCUGCCUCAGCCCCAGCUCUGGGUGCGUCCCCGGAGACGCCGUCGCCCGCAGCCCCGGCGGGUCCCCAUGCUCCCCAUUCUCCGUACUGCUCGAGUCUCCCUGCACCGGUGGGGAGGCUGCAGCCCCCACUGCUGCCUGCAGGCGGAGGCUGCGGUGGCCCUGGACCAGGCCCCCCGCGCCCGCUGGACGGCCCAGCAGGACUGGCGCUGGGCCCGGCGCUAUGGGCUGCCUUACGUGUUGCGUGUGGACCUGAGCCGAGUGGUGCCAGCCCCACCUGCCACUCUCACCCCCACCCUCGCUCCUGUCAGGACCCCAGGCCCCAUCUCCAUCCCCAAGCAAGCCCUCGCCUUUGCGCCCUUCUCCCCACCCAAGCGCCUGAGGCUGGUGGUCAGCCAUGGCUCCAUCGACCUGGAUGUCAACAGUUAGGGGCCGUGUUGGCCUGGACAGGGCUCCUGUCUCGCAUCCCCAGCCCCGAGUGCUCGGGGACUCACUGACCUCCAGAAGGAGCUCUCGGACCUCUAAGAGGGAAAUGCCCCUUGACCCCAGCACAGCUCCGACCUGGGGGUGGGGUUGCUUUGGACAUCCCCAGGGAUUGGACCCCUGACCCUUUGUGACUGCUGACCCCUGAGCCACCCCAGCCCCAGCAGGGAGCCCUGGCCAUUGCUGCCCUCCGCACUCCCAGCCCCAGCCUCAGGACUGAAGAAGCCGGUCCCUGUCCCGCCCCCUCCUCCUGCCCAGGGAGCAAAGCCAUAGGGAGCAGAGGCCACCCCUGGCAACUCCCCAGAAGCCCAGGCCUUGGGAGGAGGGGAACUGACUUGGGGGCUGGGGGUGGCAGUUUCUGGAGACUGCCCCAUGGAGGGGAGUGAGUGUACUCUCAGCUCUGCAGCUGUCUGAGGUUGGGGGUGAGGUGGGGGGGGGCGUCCACACGUCCUCACCACCCCGCGGGUCUCAGGGAGGCUGGGUGUGACCUCAUCUUUCUCAUGGUGCUAUCCCUGGUGCUACUGGGGUGUGGGGGCUCCCUCCCCCCACACUGGAAUGGGGUAUGUUGGGGAAUUGGAAGCACUUGAACUUUUUAUUUUAUUAAAACCUUGUU